AUGGAUAGAUACAACCAGUUCACUUACUACAGAUCAGAUGCCAAUGUCCCAAUUAUCCAUCUGGACUUUGGCAAAAAUCCUCUGAUCAACUUAAAGUCCACUAGUUCUCACAAAAAUAAAAUCCUUUCUGAUGUCACCAACAAAUAUGGUAGACAUAACACAACAACGAAAUUGAACAGCAAACCAAAGAUCGAAACAACAGUGAUCAAAUCAAGAACCGGAGAAUCCCAUCUGCAAAAAUUUUCAACCAUUUUAUCCUUGAAAGCCGUUUCUUUUGCAAAACCAAAUGUUUCUGAAUGUGAAUUGUAUUACCAAACCACCAACACUGAUUUCUGGAAGAAAAAUGAUAAAGGCAUGCUCGCCCUUAGCAAUGUCCAAUUGAUGAAGAACUUUCUCAAAAAACAAACCAAGUUGCGCGAAUCAAUGUCAAUCCUAACCAGUGAUUCCUACAAUGAAAAUUUGAAUGUUAAAGUUUCAGCCCCUUCUUUAGAAUCAUUGAUUGAUAUCCAAAAUAAGCUUUUUUCUCUUGUCAAGCAAUACAAUUACCGUAAAUUGCUUAUCAACUCUAGCUUUUUUAACGAUCAUCUACUUGAUUUGAAGACUUCGAAGCUUAACUCCGGCUUCAUCAAAACAUUGGACUCAAUCUCCAAGUUCUUCAACGUCGAGAUCUUUUUGUCGGACUCCAAAUCUCUUUUCAAUGGUCAAUCCCUUGAUUCAAAUAACAAUUUUUACUUGUACGUUGUUGGUACGGAAUCCGACGUCAGCGCUGCUGAGUUACGAUGCAAAUUGCUCAUUGAUGAUCUCAAAAAUUUAAAAAUUGACUCCAUUGAUGUUGACUUGAGUCUAAUCAACUUGAUCGGUGGUAAUAAAUUAGAAAAUUUUAGAAAUGUCAUCAAGCAGACCGGGAUUUUUAUUUAUAUGCCUGAAUUAUUUUCAAUAUCACCUGUUCCAUCUGAUACUUCGUCCAAUAACUAUGUUGACAACAACAAGAUAUUUCUAUCAGGUAUUGAGUCUCAAAUCUUGAAUGCCAAAUAUUUGUUGAAGAACUUGAAGUCCAGGGUAGAAAAUAACUUGUUUUUCAAAGACUUGAGAAUUAAUAAAACAAGAAUGAACUACAUGUUGCUAAAUGAAGCAACUUCAAUUAACAAGAUCAUGUAUAACAAUGGCUCAUUCAUUCAGUUUCCAGACUUGAGCUCAUCCAGCGAUUUGAUCAGAAUUCAGGCAAACAACGAAUAUUUUGUUGAAAAGACCUUGAAAGAGAUAGCAGAAUUGCAGAACAAAAUUUAUGAGUUAGAAAUUAAUAUCGAAUGUUCAGUAAUCGAUCAAAAGAAAAUUAGCUCCGUUUUCACCGAAAUUUGCUUCGUCACUAAUACCUGGAUUUUAAUGAAUUAUGAAAAAUCUUGCUAUAAGAUUGUUGGGAACAAUUCUAAUGUUAAACGAGCUUUGCAAAUGUUUUCUAAUUUGAAGGACUCAUUAUCAAAUCCUCCAGUUGCUUUGAAUGGAGUUGAUGAACUUGAUUUCAACAACAACUUGUCUACUCUAACCAAUGAAGUGAACAGUACUGGGAAUAAUGUUGGUGCUCAGUUUGAAUACAAAUUUAAGAUUGAACUAUUGAACGGAGAAAAGGAGUUUAUUUGUGGGAAGAAAAACGGGAAACUAAUUAAAAUUAAGAAUCAGACUUCCACCAAAAUUGAAUUCAAAUCUGCUAAUGAGUAUAAUUUUAUGAUUGAAAUUUCAGGUGAUUCCAUUAAGAACUUGGAAAUGGGUAUUAACUUGCUUGAGUUGGAAUUCCCAUCUGAAAUGUCUUUUUGUAUUCCUGAAAUCUAUCAUAGACAAAUCAUUGGUAUCGGUGGUAACCUAAUUCAAUCAAUUAUGAGAAAAUAUAAUGUGUUUAUCAAGUUCUCUAAUACCUUUGAAUUGAAGCAAGAGCUGAUUAGUUUCAAAAGAUUCAAUAAUGUCUUGAUUAAGUGUCCAAACAAGAACUCCAUAAAUAUUCCAAAAGUUAAGCUUGAGCUUGAGAACUUGGUUAAGAAUUGUCAGGAAUUGAAUUUCAUAAACUUCAGACUCUCUGAAAAUCAACACAGAAUGUUCUUGAACAACUUCAAUUGCUCAAUUAUCAACGAGAUCGAAAAGAAGACAAAUAGUUUCAUUAAUUUCCCUAGCGACUUCCCAACCAACUCUAAAGGUGAUGGAUUCUAUGAAUUGAUUGAAUUGAAAGCUAUUGACACCAAAAGUGCAAUUGAUGCUUUUAAAUUAAUGUCAAAGCACAUUGCUAAUGAACAAAAAUUGAUUAUCAGCUCACCGGUUUCCAAUAGCUUCAACCUUAGCAAAAUUGCUAGCCAAUCCAAUGAGGAAUUUUUGAACAAAAUAAUAAUUCCUUUCAAGAUUUUCUUGAAUGUGGGUAUCAAGCUAUUGAAUGAUAAUGAAAUAAUUUUGACAUAUAUGGAUGUGGAAGACAAUUUGAAAGUUGCUACUGAGGCUUUGAGAAAAUUCUUGAAAGGAUAUGAUUUAAAAAUAACUGAUACCAAAGACAUUGAGCUCACAUAUCAUUUGAUUGAAACAAAGAAAAUAGCUAGCAAUUCUGGUUUCUCCAAUUCUAUGUCCAAGAAGAAGCAUAUGCAUACUCAAUCUUUGAAUAUUCAUUAUAACGCGAUUCCGUCCUAUAAACAAACUUUCAUGAGAUCUCCACCAACAUAUAGCUCAUCAUCUUCUGCUGCCAUGCAAUUCUCACCAAUUGAUUGUGACAUCAAGAAAUUCACUUUUCCUCUCAAUCAAACACCUGUGCAAACUCCUCAGGCCCAAAAGCAAAACAUGACAUUGCCUUCGGUUAAGCAUCAAUAUUAUCAGCCACAAUCUCCUCCUUCUCCUGUGGAAAUGAAGUUUCCAAACUAUCCAAUUAUAGAGUUGAAUGAGAAGAUGCAGCACAACAGUGGUAUGCUUAAUUGCAACUUGUUACCUGCCUACGACAUUAAUAAUAAAGGUAAUAAUAGCUCUAGAAAACAUACUAGAUCUUACCGAAAAUAG